AUGGUUGUUGACUAUAGGACAACAAGGGAGAUGAGCCUGUUGAAUCCCUUCUCUGGUGUUGAAAUUGAGUUACCAAAUCAAAAUACUUUUCCUGAAUAUGAUUUAUAUGAGAUGGAUCCUGAUAUCUUUGUACGUAGGAUGGUUUUGUCAUCGAGGCCAAGUCGCGAGUCCCCAGAGGACGAUGACUUUGUGGUGAUGAUCAUCUGUGGAGGGGUUGGAUUCUUGGCUUUCUGGAGGCCAAAGGAUCUUAGGUGGAAUAGGAUCGAGACCAGAAACUCUUCCUAUGCGGAUGUCAUAUAUACCAAUGGCCAGUUCUACGCAAUUGAUCACAUGGGCAAUGUUGUGGUUUGUGACGUUUUCGAGGCAAACCCUACUGAUCAGGCUAGAAUAAUUGCUCGGUUUAGCCCUGAAUUAUGGGACAAAAAAGAGUUAUACUUAGUAAAAUCUUCAUCUACAGAUGAUGAACCUUUUCUGGUUGUCACACGAGACAACAUCCCCAAUUAUGAGGACGAACAAGGCUUUGAAUUGGAUAAACCGAUCUAUGGCACAACCGAAUUCCAGGUGUUUGAAUUGGUUUCUACAGCAGGAGGAGAAAAAGAGAUUACUUCCCGUUGGAAAGAAAUCAAGAAUUUGGGAAGCAGAUCAAUUUUUCUUGGCCAUAGUUCUUCAAUGUGCCUGCAAAACAACAAAUUGGCCCCCGGAAUCAAACCCGGUCAUAUAUAUUUCACGGACGAUGCAUGGGCAGCAUAUGUUGAAAUUCCUGAAGGCGGCGGCAAGGACAUCGGACUCUACAACUUGGAAAAAGGAGUAACUGCGCCCUUGUAUGAUGCCCCUUUGCGGCUUAGCCGAACCUGCCCAUCUCUUUGGAUUACACCAAAUUUUUAACAUUUGUAUCAUUACCCUGUGAUCUGUUCAUGUGA